CAAAAACUGGUAUCGUGGUGUUAUCUAUCAUCUGAUGUUGGUAACGCAGAAACAUUUUUUGGUAUGAAACUCAUAUCUGUGUUAAAUCUAGCCUGUACAAUUGUCUUCCAGAUAAUGAAAAGGUUUGAAAAGCCAGUUGGUGUUGAUAUGACCAGUUAGAAAACCUUUGUCAAGACAGUAAUAUGUGGCAGGACAUUCCAGAUACAUGGUUGUUAGAGAUUUUCCAGUAUUUAAAGUUUCAAGACCUGGUGAACAUUACUGCAGUCUGUAAGAAAUGGCAGCGUGUGGCUUUAGAUGAAACUUUAUGGAGAAAGUUAAUCAGGAGAACAUAUAAUCUCAAAAAUACAGACCUAGCUCCAGGUAAAGACUCCUGGUACAGUGAGUACAAACGAUUCUAUUAUCACACACCAGCAAUUGAGAGUGAAGUGCUCACUGAUCACACUGAUGAAGUAUUAGAUGUUGCAUUUUCUCAUAAUGGAAAAUAUGUCUGUACUACUUCAAAAGACUGCACUGUCAAGGUAUGGGAAAUUGGGUUUCCAACAACCCUAAAGUAUUCAGCAGACUUAAAAGAAAUGUUAGAAUGGAGUUUAACCCAAUAUGCUGUGUUUAACAAAACGGAUGAUUUUUUAUUGGUGUGUGGUGUUAACAUCAAUGGACCGUACUACAACGAGUUCUUCAUGGGACAUGGAGCAAUCUUUGACAUGACACAAGGUUUCACUAUAAUUAGAGUGAUGGGUAUGAAUCCACCUCAUCUGUUUGCUGAUUGGGCUGAUACAGAAGUGUGUUUAGGUGGAUAUGCCACAAAUCAUGAUCACCUAACUAUUAAUUCUUUCAAGGUUCCAGAUAAAAGGACUAGAAUGAACCAGGAAACAGUAAAGCCUCCAGACCCUCAGGAGAUAUUAGAUAAUACAGAUGGAAAUAGACUAUGUACAUUUUAUGCGGAUUGCAAUCAUACUAUGAAUCUAAUGGUAGCUAAUGUUCCAAUCAAACAAAAACCUCCGACGCCAAAAUGUGAUAUAAAUAGAAACGCAAAUUCUGUGAUAUACAACACAGAUAGAAAUAAUAGUGAUACAUGUAUUAAAUACUUAAUUUUUGUGGCAGGAAUUCAUGAUUGUAUAAUUUUACACAAGUUAAAGGAUGUUCAAACAACAAAAGAUUUUGAUGAAGCCAACGCAGUUCGACCUUUCAGCUAUGAUGUGAUACGAAGACCUGGACAGUAUAUAUCUGGUAUGAAGUUGUCACAUGACCACAGGUAUUUAUAUUUUAAUUUCCGUGAAGCAGUCAAAGUAGAAGAAAAUGAAGAAUGGGAAGACUAUCUACACCUGAAGGAAAAUCUACAAGUUAAUGUCAUAGACCUGCAGACAAAGCAGAUAAUGCCGGAUAUUGUCUAUGAGGGACACAAAGGUUUCUCAGAAUACCCAGCAUGGUACAUAUGUCUGGAUACCUCAGAUGAUAUUGUGGCAAGUGGAAGUGAAGAAGCUAAAGCCUACCUAUGGGAUAGAUAUUACAGAUGUUUGAUUACUACAUUACAACACAAAGAGGGUGUGGUCAAUGGUCUAGAAUUUAACCCUAAAGACUGUGAGACAAUGGUGACAUCUGGUGAUGACCAUACGAUCAGAAUAUGGAGGUCAAGAAAUAGGAUGAAGACAUUACAACCAGUUGAUUCUUCAUACUUAUAGAAUUAUAAAAUAUGCAAUUGAAAUUAAGAGAUUAAAGAAUAGGAUUACUGGUAGUUGAGAAGAGUAAGCAAGACAUUAUAUGAGAGAAUGUUGUCAUAGAGAUAAAGAGCUACAUGAUUGAAUCUUUAUUGGUGUUUUAAUUCCAAAUCAUUCAGAUGUUGAAUGUGUUUUACAGUGUUUUGAUCCUUAUUUCCCAGUAAAAAAAAAAAAAAAACCCUAUAUUUACAGCUAUUCAAACUGUAAGUGUUAGUACAAUCUAUUUGAUCACUAUUUUAACUUUAGGACAUUUAGAACAUUGAUAAGUAGAAUUGAAUGGACUAUUUUUCGAACAGAAAUAAAUCGACAAAAUUCCUCUAGAAAUCUUAAAAUCUUCUUAGAUAAACUGUAGUUUAAAUACAGGUUAGUUAUUAUUGGAUGAGAUAUAUUUAUGAAUGCUUGAGAUAAAAAGAAGAUUUAAUCUGACAGCAAAUGGUGGUGCUUAAUAAGAUAUAUUUUAUUUUUUUAAAUGUUUUUUUUUUUAUAUUUUAUAAACAAAAAUAUUAUUGAGGUAGAACACACAAAUAUUUCUGAGAAUCAAAAAGAUUUUUUUUUUUUAAAGUACCUUGAAGGUAAAACUUUUUUUGUUGACUUUGAUGUGGAUUACUAGAUUUAAUUUCAGAAUGCUAUAAGUUAUUACAGCAAUUCAACUUGUUUGUCUGUUUGCAAACAAAUAUUUCUGUUACAUGUUACAGGUACUACUGAACCAAAUGAAUUCAUGUUAGUGGAAAUACCAAAAUAAAACAGUAUGACAUUUUUUGCCUGGUAAGAGAUUCAGGCUUCUUGAAGCUUCUAUUUUUCAUUGAUUUCACAUAUCAUACAAGAGUUGUCUUAAGUAACAUUAAGUUAAAUGGUAAGGUGUUAUAUAUUGUUUAUAAGUUGACGAAACUGGGACAGUUUGUAUUUAAGUACAUCUUAGAUAUUUUUUCUAAUAAAUUGGACCCUACAUAGGAAUGUAUGGUAAAUAUUAUAAUGUAAACCAAGUUUGAUAGAUUCAGAUUGUUUAUUAAUAUUAUUUGAAUGCUGUUUAUGAUUCUUUUUCAAGGAAUGUUUGUUGAAGAAAAUUUGUUUAUGAAUGUUUGUUAUUUGAUUUGUUAAUAAACAGUAUAAAAUAUGCUAUUAUUAAAAUGA